ACUUAAUAUACUUUCACACGAGUGUAUUAUUUCAAUCACUUUGAUAAUUCGCAACAGUUCGCAACGUCUGACAGAUAUAAAAAGGACCGCAUAAAGUAUGCUCGAGGGUGUAAAGCACGUGUUUUUGAUAUUAUCCGGCAAGGGUGGUGUUGGCAAAUCUACCGUCAGCUCACAACUAGCCCUUGCUCUCAAGGAAUCUGGUUUCAAAGUGGGUCUGUUGGAUAUUGACUUGUGUGGGCCUAGCAUUCCAUAUUUACUGAACUUGGAAGACAAAGAUGUUCAUCAGUCUUGUGAUGGGUGGGUGCCAGUUUUCACCGACAAAGAUCAAAAGUUAGCUGUCAUGUCCAUAGGAUUUUUAUUGAAAAAUAGAGGUGACAGUGUAGUGUGGAGAGGCCCUAAAAAGACCAGCAUGAUCAAACAAUUUUUGGAGGAUGUUGCAUGGCAGGACAUUGAUUAUCUUAUCAUUGACACUCCACCUGGUACUUCUGAUGAACAUAUAACAGCUAUGGAAAACUUAAGAAAUAUAAAAUGUGACGGAGCAAUCAUUAUUACGACCCCACAAGCUGUAGCAGUGGAUGAUGUGAUGCGUGAAAUCACGUUUUGUAAAAAAACUGGCAUUCCGGUCGUUGGUAUUGUUGAAAAUAUGAGUGGCUUUGUCUGUCCAACAUGUUCUGAGUGUACCAAUAUAUUUUCAUCCAAUGGUGGAGUUUCUCUCUCAGAAAUGGUUAAAAUACCUUUUCUCACUAAAAUUCCAAUUGAUCCAACUAUUGGUAGAUUAGCAGAUAGAGGUCAAAGUGUUUUAAAAAUAUAUCCAGAUAGCAAAAUAGCACAAGUUUUUCGUAAGUUAGUGGAAGAGAUAACAAAAAGUAAAGAAGCUUAGUUAAGUUUACUUCAAAAUUUUAUUUAAAAAAUUGCGUU